AGAUUUUGCAGGAUCAUUUCCCUCCUACACCCAUGACGACCUACUCUAGUUUUAGGAACUGCUUAAGUUCUUGUACUAGUUCCCCUCCCCCACCUCUUGCUUCCCCGAUAGGCACUACCCCAUCCAGUAUUACGUGUUUUUUUUCAUAAUUGCAUGCCCAUUGAGCACGUUUGGAAAACAAGUUGCACGAUUCAUUGUCGUCGACUCGGCGAUGAGCAGAACUGAUCUUCAAGUCCAGGCUCAAGAAGGUCUUGGAUGAAGAAGUCGGUGAUAAUCGCUGGAGUGGUUGUGGGCGCGAGCUCGGCUUCCUCGUCUUCAGCUGGGAAGAGGGAGCACACCGAUUACAAAUCGCAAGCCGAAGCAGGAGCAACAUCUUCGCAGCAGCGAGGAUGGACUGCCUCGUCGUUGGGGGAGCCGCGCCCCAAAGGGAUAAACCCAGCGAAUACCAAAAAGAUCAGUACAAAUCCUUCUCGAGCUCCGGAUCCGAAGCCCACGGGGAUAAAUGGCGUGAAGUACGCACGACGGCUGAACCCGGCGCCGCCCGAGGAAGAGCGCGAAGAUGUCCCGCCGCCGACCACGUCGACCAAAACCUUCACGUACCCACCGGCCAGGCCCCCGCCGCCCCGGGUGUUCGACGAAAGCGGGAAGGAGUUGGCGCGGGAUGUGAAGACGGGGAAAUUGCUCGCCUUGUACAACCCGCGGACGAAAAAACUGAAUCGGUUGUUCGACGAAAAGGGGGUGGAAUACAUCGUGGAGGACGUAACCAGACUGGAGCGGUCGCACGAGGGAAGAGAGGCGCCACGUGUGUUGGAAAAUGCGGAGGACAAAGUCGAAUACAGCACAUUAACUCGACCACGGGAGGAAAAGUUCUCCGAGACCGUUACCAGCUUCAAGCCCGGCGAGGAGUUCGGCGACGGGGACGAGAUCCUGGAGCGCAACGGCGAAGCGGCGGUAUACGGCACCGACGGGCGGCCAACCACACAAAAGUCGGUGGACAUCAAGUUCAUGGCGUCGUCGAACGAGCGAGAUCAGGACACCAGGAUCUUAGAGGACAGAGAUCUGUUUUCGCCGGCAGCUCUGUUCGGACCAGCGUCCUCCUCUCCGAACCUUGGGCUCCCUCUUCCUCCCGUCUCGGUUUCGACUUCAACGUUGACGAAAGAACAGGAUCGCAGUGCUAUUACAGCAAGCAAAAAGGAUCAUUCUGAUCCUGUUCACGCAAGUAAGAUAAACACGGAGAUCUACCGUUCUGCGUUUCACCACGGACUACCGCCCGACAUAGCGGUUCGGCAGGUCGAGCCGGGAGUCUUCGUGCUCGAUCGCGAGAGUGCGUUAGCGAAGGACAAAAAGCGCGUACAAAAGCUGCUCGAAUACUCGCUCGCCACGGCCGAUACACCCGAGGGCGGGACGCCUACAGCAGCAAAUGCCGCGAAGACCACGACCAUAACAGAAACUACACGGCUGGUGUCAGGAAACAAACCUGGCGACAUCUGGACCACUAUUCGAGAACAGACGACUGUGCUCGCAGGCGAGCCACCGGAUGGACCUGGGAGUGGCAGCGUAGUGGUAUCAACAAUAUCGACUACUAGUAUGAUCUCCUCGGAAAAUAAACCCGAGGGCCCAUCAAGGGGCUCGUCUCCUCCAUCUUCCUCCGACCACGACCGGUCCGACUGUUUCUACGGGAAGACAGUGUGCAGCGAAUGCAGCGGCCGGUCGGAUUGUCUGAGUCGCAACCAACUGAAUUUAGCGGACUACUACAUAGACGCCGCGGGGGAGCAGAAUCUGAUAAAAGAACGUCCAGAAAGUUCGACGUGCACUAACCCUGAACAGUGCGCGGCGGAGUCUUUGGAUUCCUACUUUCGCAUGCCUCGGUCUUCCGCAGCAAAUGCGCAUGACGCGAUGGCGAGGUGGCAGUCGUGGCACAAGCAGACGCCGCUAAUGAGAGAAAGUACUAGAUCAUCAAGCGACGUCGAGGACCAUUCUGAUUUCACCGCUUCAGUUGCGGCGAACAGCGGAGGGAGAACAGAUCGCGACCACCCAGCGCCGCCUGAGGACGCCAGCAUGCUGGAGAGUCUCAAAUCUUGGAGAAGAAUAGGCGCGGACUUUCUUGAUUCACUCCGCCGGGCCGCUUUUUCGAGCAGCCACAGACCUCCAACGGAGCAAGAGGUCGAGAUUUGGAACCGCAAUCUAGAACAGGAGCGAGACAAGGCCAGGAGGCAGUCGAAGCGAAACUUUGCGAAGCAGCGACUUCUCGGUAUAGGCAAGAAAGAAAAACAAGCCUACACUGAGACCGGGGCCCUCGCGCUGGACCUACCACCAGCUUUGACUAGCGCAGAUCCUGGCGCGGUCGUGAAGUUUGAGCAAGACGUGCGGUCACGAUUAGACCGGGAACUGGAAGCACUCGGGAAAAGUAAAAAGAAGCUAACUCCGAGACUGUAUGAGGAGAUCCUGGAGAAAGUAGGCCUAAAACCGAAAAAGAGUAGAAUAAAGGCGGAGCCGUUACCCAAGCCUUUAUACCUGAAGCGAAAUCUUCAGCUCACCGGCGCGCAAGUGAACGCGUGGAAGCGGUCUAUGGGCUUCACAGAAGAGUGUAUCGACGACUCGGCGGCAAACUCCACGGCCUCCGGUUGCCGGCGAACACUAGUCGAGGGUCCGGUGCCGGAGACGAGUCCUCAUGCCGUUCUGCAAAAGAGCGUCGAGGAGGACCUCGAUCCGAGACUGCGCGGAGUGCUCGCUGGGCUUGUGCGCCAGAUCGCUGCGGAUCGAAGAGGAGACCUGCGGCGACUUUCCCCAAACAACGGUUCAGCGAAGCGACGAAGUCUGCAGAGGAGUGCAACCAGAACCAAUACGCCUUCCUUGACAAGUCCCGGCGGCGAGCUGGUAGUCAGGACGGAAGCACCAGCGCUGACCGUGGAGGAGACCGAGAGAAGUCUGUCGACGCGACUGGUCACACAGAGGAAGUUGCAGACCUACUUGAAGCAGACCUUCACUGGGCAAUCGGAUCAGUGUUUGUGCUACCACGAAAACCUGAUUUUCAAACCGGUGCUGGAUCUCUUUCCGGUGCAGCUCCCGCUGUUUCGCGAAUGUCUCACGAAGCACUUCGCAAUGGGAACCACGUGGCAGGGCGUUUGCACACUCGACGACGCUUGCAAGUAUGCUUCGCGAAUUGCCGCAGAGAUGCAGCUCGUAGCAACUCCCGACGCAGGCUGUAAUUGCGAGCUUUGUGUCUGGGGCGAAGCCUGGCACGCCACGGGGCAGGUAUUUGGAGUAAUUGAUUUGAGAGACGUCUUCAAAUUGCGAAAGUUCUUUGAGGAUAAAUGUCGAGCUUGGUUGUUCCUUUCUGUCUGUUUCUGAUCCGGCAAAAAAUAUUAAACUCAGGCGUCAUCCCAAUGUCCGAACAACCAUGCUGAGCUGUGGCGAGAAAUCUGCCAACCCUGUAUGUCCAAGAGCAGUGUAGACAUCGCGGCAUUGUCAGACGCCAAUGUGCCGAAGCGAGAGCGCUUCGAGAAGAUCGGCGAAAAGGGUGAAUGCACAGACAAGUCACUCAGGUACGGAAAUGACGAUCUUCAGCUGUUAUCUAGGAACAUAAAAUUCGAGUUUUUUUGGAAACUCAAAGCGGCGACGGCAAAGAAAAAAACAAAAUUGCAACUACAACAGGUACGUUCGCGGCCGCGGUAAGCAAGUUGCCUCUCACCUUGAGUGUCGUGAUUCCUGCUGGCAGGGCGCUGGACUGAAUUGCCUCGGGUACAGCUUCUAUCACUGCUCCAAGCGGUGCAUCAUUCACCUGAAACAAGACGGUAUGCACCUGCUCAGCAACUGGGCGAUAGUCAAGGGGCAGGGGGACGUCGUCUACGGCUCCGAUGGGGCUUGCGGGUCCGAGUGUUACCGCGUGACGUAUGGCGAAUGUCCACCGGGGAGAAUAGCAUCGGGCGGAGUAGACGUCACCUGGGAUACCACCAUGGUGUACGGCCAGAGUUUCGUGGAGACCUGCCCCUCGCCCUACACUGGACAGGUGACCAUUACCUGCGCAGGAGCGAACAGCCAAAGCGUCGAGGGGAUGUGCCUGGAGCCAUGUCCUAGUGGACAGCUGGUAAACUUGAGUUUUUCUUGCAUGCUGAGGCGACGAGUUUAGAUGAACGAUAGUCUGAUAAAGAUGAGUAACAACAGCAUUAGAAAAUAGACUCGGCGGCACGAGGGAGAUGACGCACACAGACAUACAGGAAGUCGAACUGAAAUAAACCACUCGCUAUCAGAUUUACCGCCCGGGUUUGAGCCCCAUCGCGUACCCAGUGACCCCCAUCGCGACGAGGAGACGGCUCCCUUGUCCCUUUGACCCGAACUGCCCGAAAGCGAACAUCGAGCUGCUCUGCCAGUCCGACCGGUCGAUCCUGGUGGUGAGUCCAAACUGCGGCGCCAGCUGCGCUCCGGGGAUGUACGCCUUGAACAUCGGUGGUGGCAUCGUGCCGUACAACUUCAUGAAGCACCGACAGAAGGUGCCCUUGUUCGACUGUCCGUUUGGGUACGUCGGCAAGCUGGACCUCAUCUGCGUCGACGGCCAGGUGCAGGAACAGCCAACACCCGGCACCGGUUGCUUUCUGCACUGCUCCAGCCAGCACACGAUGAACGUGGACCGGUCCGGCCCCGCGCAGAACACCACACAGCAGGACGUGCAGCUGCAAGCGGUCUUUGACUUGUCGGAGCCACAGUGGCUGACCAAUCCGAGCAGGGUCUACAUGAACGACACGCUGGUGCUUGCGUCGCAGACCCAGUUUAUGGAAGGCGUGUUUUUUAAGCACGGGACAAUUCUAGAUGUGCCGUGUAAGCCCUCUCCAUUAACCUACGGAGUCAUCAAGGUCAGCUGCGACAACGGAAUUAUUGCGGCGCUCAGCGAAAACUGCAAGUAAUAUUAAUUAAAAUCUGAUUUGCUUGUUUCUUUGUGCACUUUCAUCUUGCGGAUGCUGUCAGUUGUCUUCAAGACAGAUUCGGCUGGUGCUUUCUACGUACUUUCACGUGAAGAUUCAUGUGUAUUGAAAUUUCUUUGGUCAAAAUAAAAGGUUUAACUGCCCUGCGGGCACGAUCGAGGCUGCCACGGGAGGGCACACGCUGAAGAUGUACCACGGCUACCUCGAUGAUUGGCACUCGGUGAAGGUGCAGUGUCCCAGUGGGCAGUGGACCGGCAACGUAGAGCUGAGUUGCCGUAACGGUGUGCUGUCUCGGAAAGCCGGUGACGUGUGCAUGCGGCACUGCAAUGUCGAGUACCUCGUUUCCAACGGGCUCAACAUUUACCUCGGAACGCAACUGCAGCACGACAGCCGAACAAAUGUGACCUGUUCCGCUGGGGGGAACCCGAAUUUCGCAGGGAAGUUGGAAGUUGUCUGUACUAUUCGAUUUUUUGUUUGAUGUCGAUGGAUGGCUUUUUUUUGAAUUCCAUGAAGUUGAUUUAGUCGUGAUUUCCCGCGGCAAAUUUUCAAUCGUAUCAUGCCCUGUCGACAUCAUCAAACACUGAUCACAAUCUCCCUAUGCCAACACUACCAGGUUUCAACGGGCAAGUGAGCGUGAUCGGGCGGUGCGGCCAAUUUUGCGCGCCCACCAUGAUCGUCAGUAAUGACGCCAUGGUGCUCACAUACCGGCAAGACCACGAUGAGACGCGAGGGUACACCUGCCCCAGUCCCUGGACCGGCACACUGACGCUGAAGUGCAAUGACCAGCAGAUUGAGGAGCUGGCGAGUUGCGGACAGAUGUGCGCGGCCAGCACCUUUCUCGUGCGCGGUAUCACCAACAUGCCGUUUCCGAAAGCGACGGAUAGGGCAGUGGGAAUGCUGGGGAUUGGUCACGGUGAGGUUUACGAAGCGGGCUGUCCAGAGGCGACCGAUGCACUGUCCUACACAGGUACGAUGUGAAAUUUUUAUGCUUCGUUUUUUUUUUUACAUGAAGUAGUCAUUCCUUUCACCAGACGCAGACCAGAGUGGUCGCCUCCAAGUGAAGGAGAGUAAAAAAAGCCUCGCUUACUUAGUUUUUUACACGUAAAAACAGGUACAAUGUUCCUCUACUGCAACAACGGUGAAGUAUCGAAGCACUCCGGUGAGUGUUGGUGGAACUGCGACAAGCUGAUCAUCAACAGCGGUGGUUUUCCGCAGGCGAUCGAAUUCUUGAAGCACAACACCACGGACAUGUUCACGUGCGCCGCCGGUUUGGAUACCGGGUACCUAAGGCUGCUGUGCUUCCACCAGGAACUGACCAUACUGGAAGGGUCGUGCGCCAGCUCGCCGUGCCAGGCCGGUGUGGUGGAGCAGGCGGCCACGCGGUUUUUGCCGCUGCAGCACCCGCUGAUUUUCCACUUGGGCUCGGUUCACAUGCAGUGCCCCGAACCUUUGACCGGCGAUUUGACUUUAGCUUGCAACAAGCAGGAGAUCACCGUCCCCUACAGCAAUUGCGGGGACCGGUGCCAGAUCAACGGCACGAUUUUACCCACCAUCAACAACGAGCUGGGUCUGUCGAUCUACGGCGGCGUCCGGAUUUUCACCCCCAAGAUGGACCACAGCACCACCCAGACGCUCCCCUGCCCGGCGAACACGAAGGGCACGGUGGAUAUUCAGUGCAAGGACGGGACGCCGACGCAGGUCGCGGGCGGGUGCAACAACCCGUGCCCGCCGACCCUGUACACCACCCCCACCGGCGCGCUCAUUCCCAUGCCCUACAUGGAGCACGACGAGACGUCGAUGAACGUGCCCUGCCCGCUGGGGACGACGAUGGGCGGGACCGUGAAUAUCACCUGCGUGAACGGGACGCACCAGCGCACCGGGGGCGUGUGUUUAACCAACUGCCCAGCCAGGGAGUUUACGUCCAACACCGUCAAUCUCCGGCACCCCAGCAUCGCGCACGGCCAGAUGUACGAGGCGGAUUGCGGAUCGUGGAAUUUAGACUACACCGGGAGGAUCAAGAUCUUCUGCUUUCAGGGGGCGGUGAACGAAACCGGGAGGUGUUCCCGCCACUGCGCUCCUGGCUCCGUCGUCUCAAAUGGUGCCACCGUACCGCACGAAAAAAUCGAGCACGGUAAUGCAAACUUUGCUUCUUCAUGUUUCUGAAAUUCUAGUUCUACAGGUUUUUGUGAAAUGAAAGUUAGACGCAAAACCAAACUUUGGACAUCAAAUCACCACGCACUCACGAUUAAAAUCUACACAACAUCAGGGACGAACAAGAACUUGACUUGUUCCCUUGCGAACGUCGGAACCAUCGACUUCGCGCACGAGAUGAAUCUGGCGUGCAAUGACGGCGCUGUUUCGAUGGAGUAUGCUGUGCAGAACGGGGCGCGGAACGUGACGGGAACCUGCAUGCGCAACUGCUUGGGGCCGACCAAGUUGUUUGGUACCACGUUCCGCCAUCCGAAGAUCAUCGACGGCACGAUGAUUCAGGUGGACUGCGCCGGCCCGGGAAAACUGGUGUUGCAGUGCAACGACGGCAUCGCGUCCCCUUACAACAGCAAAUGCUUCCAGACCUGCCCGCCGGACACGCUGAUCGACGCCAGAGGUAUUUGAUUUUUCGUUUUCUGGUGCGAAGCGAUCGAUGAAAAGAGUGAUUAGAUCGUGUAUGUUUUGAUUGCUUCUGACCCAAAACCAAAAGCAAAACGACACCAAAUUUGAACCAACAGGAAUCGCGGUAACCUGGGUGGCACCUCCGAUCACCCACGACACGAUCCGGAACGCGGAGUGCGAUGCGACCGUCGCUUCUGGGACGGCGGAGGUGAAGUGCCUUGACGGCAUCCCGCGAAUCCAGGCUUCCUUCUGCAAGCUGAACUGCUACGCGGGCAGUAUACAACAGCCGGACCCGGACAACCUGUACAAGUACCCGAUCAUUCUCAGCCACGGAGACCUGAAACACGGCGAAACCGAGGAGGUUGCGUGCCCUAGCCAUCUCGCCGGGCGCGCCACCGUGCAGUGCGACGAUUCCGUUGUGAAGAUCGUGGCGGGGAGUUGUGGGACGAGCAAUUGCAUGCCCUCGGAGUUGCGUUCGGGGGAAGACUUGAUGAUUGCGUACCCACAGAUGAACCACGCUGAGACCUACGAGACCGACUGCGGCCCGGGCUUCAUCGGCAGGAUAAAGUUCCGUUGCAACGAGGGCGUGGCCAUGCGGGAGUGGAUUCGCAUGAACUACCUGAACACGGUGAAUAACCAGGUCGAAACGGUGGAGCUGUGCGAGUGCUGCAUCACGGACGGGAUCAGCUUCGCCACGCAGGACAAGCCGACGACCAUAGGAGCCGGUAGCGACGAGGCCGCUGGGUGGGCCAGUGCCGCGGGCUUGUUCUCGAUCGUAAUUCUAGCCUACGUCUACUACGCUCAGUACUGGUCCAAGUACGUCACGCCGAAGAUCAAAAACUCCUUUCUCGCAAAGUACAUGCGCGAGAGGAAAGCGAAGAAUGGUAUAAAGAGAGAUUAAGUAGUUGUGUUUUUUUCUGGUCGUUUUCCCUUUUAUCAGUAACAGUAUGUAUGGUACUCUUGUUCUGGCUUGAAAAAUUCGCGUUCCGACUCCGAGCAAUCGAAAAAAAAAAAUCAACAACAGCUGCUGCCGCUCGCGCCGCGUUGGCGGCCAAGGUCGCCGCUAGUCAGAACGUCGGGAUCUCCCGAAACCUGGAGCAGAUCGAGGACGGCGAAAGCGGGUCGUCGGCCUCCCAGGAUGCGGCCAUAGAAGAUUACGGCUAUGAAGGUAAGGUCGCGCCUCUCGAAGACGGCAAAGUGUAGUAGCGCGGCAGCAUUUAUUUCUAGAAUCAAUUCAUUAGCAAGUAGAAAUAGAACCAAAGCAGUUUGUUACGUCAGACAAAUUUGAAUCAAAAAUAACGACGGUUCCAGGACUAGUGUUCCUGGUCGUGGUCCACAAAAGAAAGAUGAUUUGACAAUUUCCAUUUUAGCAGCAAGUGGGGCUGGCUCGUGCUGCUCCAUGAGGGGGUCAGACACAAAGAAUAAAUCGCACUCUCCGAGCUUUCGUUUCAGCUGUACUUCCAAUUUGACCUCUUUUUGUAUGCAGAGCUUUUUGAAUUAGGUUACCCUUGUACUCAUUUCACGGUUCUUUUACUGCGUGCUGUGAGACUUCGGCGAACUAGUUACCCCUCAAAGUCUCGCAUGGGCAUCUUACUCUCUUUCUUCAUCACAACUCUCUCGAGAAAAAUCUUGAAUCUAGCAAAUCACACAACUCAAUAUCACGAGUGUGAGUUUCUCUAAGCAAUUCUACGGUACUUCGGAAACGUGAAUAUGGAUAGUUUCGGCAAUAACGAAAGCAACAAGAUGAUCAAGAGUGAAAGAACCUGAUACAGUUCCGGCGAAGAACGAUAAUAACUUUUAGGGAAAAACUUGCUCCUGGAGCAUUCGGUCGCUGACCCUUUUCCGCCCUUUACGACGUGUUGGAUAAGCUUUCAUCAGAUAACGUACUAGCGCUCUCGAAUGGCGAAGAGUGUGAGAGCUGUGUGCUGAAGGAAAGCGAUAGACUAGCAAAUGGAAUUCCACAGAAGUGGAGCGUGAGUGUGAGAGCAAAACAAC